CACAAACAACAGCCGCAGCUUUGGCUUGCUUUGAAACAUUGCUUCAUAUUUAACGACAAGGAUCGGAGUGAGCAGAAUGGCUUCAGACUGGUUGGGUAGCGUUGUGUCUAUAAACUGUGGGCUGACGUUGGGAGUCUAUCAGGGAGAGGUGUCAUCUGUUGAUCGGGCCAGCCAAACCAUCUCACUGAAAGAGCCCUAUCACAAUGGGAUUAGGUGUCCUCUUCCAGAGGUCACAUUCAGUGCCAUGGAUAUCAAGGAGUUGAAGAUCUUGGAUAUCCAGAAUGCAGUCAACAAGCCCAGUUCUGGUCUAGGAGCUUCAACAGAAGCCAGCUCUGGACCCACUGGACGCCACAGUCAGACUAACAGGAGCACUCAUCCUCAUGUAACAAGCAGCAGCUCUCAUACCAGCACUGCUCCAAUCACCAUCCUGCGCCGAGCCCCUACAGCGCCAUCUAACAGCCGGGGGGCGGCACAGGCCACAUCGAGGAAAAACUGCGUGAGGAAUGGGAGCACCGGAGGGCCGAUGAGACCAAAAGAUGACGAGUGCUUUGGAGACGGGACUGAUGAGGACCUGGACACCGACUUUGACUUCGAGGGAAACCUGGCUCUGUUCGACAAAGCCGCCGUCUUCUCCAAGAUUGAUGGGACCAGCAGCCACAGCAGCAGGCCGCAGCAUCACAGCACGCAGGCCGAACAGAAGCCUGUGUCCUACCGCCAUGAUGAGAAUAUUCUGGAGGUCAAGCCUGUCAUAUACCGGCAGAUUACAGUGCCUCAGCACGGGGGCAAAGAUUACUGUACUGACUCAGGCCUGGUGGUUCCAAGCGUGCCAUAUGAGCUUUAUAAGCGUCUGCUGGCAGCUGCGGAGCGCUGGGGCCUGUCUCUUGAGCGCAGGCUGGAGACGAUAGGUGUUUGCGCCAGUCAGAUGACUCUCACUCUGCUGGGCGGACCAAACAGGCUCACCCCCAAAAAUGUUCACCAGAGGCCCACUGUGGUCCUUCUGUGUGGCCCUCACAUCCAGGGUGCCCAGGGCAUCAGCUGUGGUAGACACUUGGCCAACCAUGAAGUGGAGGUCAUCCUGUUCCUGCCAAACUUUGUCAAGAUGCAGGAGUCGGUCACCACGGAGGUCAACCUCUACAGCAAGACGAGUGUCAAGCAAGUGGCCAGCAUCAAAGACCUGCCUGCAAGCCCCGUCGAUCUAGUUAUCAACUGCCUGGAUUGCCACGAGAACCCACUACUGAGGGAACAGUCCUGGUACCAAUCAGCAGCUGACUGGGCCAACCAAAACCGUGCUCCGGUCCUCACCAUUGAUCCUCCGGUCAGUGAGCAGCCUCAGACUGUCGAGGCGAAGUGGACCCUCUCUUUGGGCCUUCCACUACCUUUAGCCGAAAGAGAGAGCAAGGUCUACCUCUGUGACAUUGGCAUCCCUAAAAUGGUUUUCCAGGAAGUUGGAAUCCGCUACCUGUCACCCUUUGGAUGUAAAUUUGUCAUCCCUCUGCACCCAGCAUAACAGAGUACCAACUAUAUGACCAAAAUAAUGUUACAAAGUGUGUACGCACGGGCAUGGUCUAAAACACUGAGCAGGUGGUCUUUCUUCUUAGCUCCUGGAAAGUCCCAUGGGUUGCUGCACGUUGCGUGCAACACUUCUUGUUUUCCUGAUGGGAAGGUUUCCUGUUCUUUGGUGUGUUUUGAUAAGGGCUCCAUGACCAUGUGAAUAUGUUUACAAAAUGCUGACCAUUGUGAGUCUAUCUGUGACCUCUGACCCCGUGACCAGCACCAGAGACACAGUUCCUGUUUCCUCCUGUAGAUUGCAUGUGGAUUCUGGUCCUGACCCCAUGACCCGGCGUGCAGCUCAGACUAGUGAUGUCUGCUCACCCAAACCCACAGCUCAGUUGACAUCCACGUCCACUGUCUUUUCAAUUUAUUGCAGUUUUUUUACUUACCUGAAUGGGUUUUGUGUAAUCAAGGUUGUAGCAUGUCACAGUGAUACAGUGAAAUUUCAAAGAAUCUAUAUUUGUAUUUAUUUUAUAUAUAUAUAUAUAUAUAUAUUUUCACACAUCUCAGGAAAAAUGUGGUUUAAAAUGUAAACACUUGCAUUUACACCUGAUUGCACUCCUUUUUCUUGCAUUGACAACCACUGACACUGAAAAUGAGAACUGCUAGCAUACACACGUAAAAAUUCGUUCUUAGGUAUUUCUGUAUGUCUGCAGGAAUUUGAAGCACACAUUCUGAGGACCAAAAAACAUCUGGGACCAGGUUAAUCUCAAGGGAUUACAGCAAAUUAGGUGAUGCAAAACUUAAUUGUUUAAUCCUCUCUAUUUUUACACAUCAGGUUUAGCCACUUUCAGAGAAAUAGCCACCUUUGUUUCUUUUGGUCAGCAUAGAGAUCUCAAGAGAAAACCUCAGAUCAGCAAAAGGUCAACUUUGAAAUUAUGCAGGUGAGGUUUUUUAAGAGCUCUUAAAUUCUUGUGUCAUGAACUUCUUCUCUGACUGCAGGAAAUAUUUAAAAGGGGGCCUAUUAUUAUAUUUUUCCUAAUUUUUUGUCAUAUAUAUAAUGUUAGAAUGUUAGAUGUUCAUGUUAGAAGUUGCCAGUGAGCAAAAAGCACCGGCUUCAGACUGCUCUAAAUGCUCGGUUUCCAAAUGUUUUUUUCUACUUUCAGCUCGAGCUGAUGUGUUCGGCCUUGAGAGGGAUUUCUUUAUAUGGUCAUCAAGUUCACUGUACUGUGCUAACAUUGUGGUGUUUUCCAUUGUUUUUGGGGUAGUCACGCUGAGCCAUGACUUGAGUCGAGCUGGCAUGCUGUGGGUGUUUUUCCAUUACACAGCAGGGCAAAGUAAAAUAAGUUGUUUAACUGUUGGAGGUGUGCUGGUUGUCUGCAGCUCUUCAUCAAAAGUCAUUAUAUAUGUGGCUGUUUCUGCUUGUACUAGUCCUCCCUGCAUUACUUCUAACUGAUCCACUGAACCAAUAGCUCCAAAAAUGUCAAUAUAUUAUUGGCACCCGUUUUUUAGCGCCACUAACAAACCGCAGCUAAUUCAGUGAGAAACAUGUUUAAGUUGUAAAUUCUUCACAAUAAAGCUCUUCUAUUAUUUAGUCAUUAAACGCUUUUAAUAUGAAGCAGUAAAACAGGAAAUGUUGGGUUUGCAUCAGUGGUAACUCAACAUGACUCUGAUACACCUGCCUGGAAAGCUGGCCAAUAAAUAAAAAUAUUGAGCUGGAAAAGACCAUAAUAGGUCUCCGUUAAAGUUAACAACCUGAGAGUCAUACAAAUGUAGUCACAGGUUUCAAAUAACAGCAUUGAUAAGCUUUAACCUCUCACUUUAACUGUUACUUUGAGCUCAACAGCAGUAAACAUAUUUCUGUUUAGACUGCUUAGCUGUGUGUGAUGUAGUGGUGAUCAGUUUAAGUUGAAACAAUGACAGUGGCGCAUAAUAAGAAGAAUGAGAGUUGUUGGAUUGAUACAAAUCUGAGAAUUGAACAUCUUUAUUUACUUAGUUUCGCAACCCAGAAACUACCCAAUGCCAGGUGCAAAUCUGGUAGAGGGGGGAGAAUAGGUUAUUGUAGUUCAAAAUCACAAAUCACAAUUUUUAUGUAAAUUAAGUAUUUUACAUUUGCCUGAGAGCCUCAGCUCAGGGGGAAAAAACAGUGCAAUUCAGGAUACUGUAGCAUGUUUCACAGACUGCUCUCAGAACUACUAUUUGACUAUGAAACACUAAAAAUAUGAUCAAGACUGUAAUAAAAUUUCAGUUAUGAUUUAUUAACACAUAAAAAAUGCCUCUUAAAGUUGACAUUGAUAGAUGUCACAUGUUGAGGUUAAGCUUUGAAAAAAAGGAAAAUACUGCAACACAAAAUAUGUUAGUUGUACUGUUGAUAGGUUUGUAUCUCUAAGUUUUCAGAAGUGUAAUUAAUGCUGGGAAGCAGGUAGACAUAAGCUGGAAAAUAUGUUGUACAUACAGUUUUGUUAAUGCAUUUUGGUUAUUGCUGAGUACCUUUUGCAAACCUGUUCAAGCUAGUCUAUGGAAAACACCGUUUUUAAAAUCAUGUUUUGCAUGGUUGUUACACAUUUGGACUGGAUCCUUGCAUCUGGACAAAAUACAGAUGCAGUCGGUGACAGUGGGUGCUUCUUUUAUAUCCAAAUAAAAAAUAAUAUGCAAAC